AUGGACGUCAUUCACCAUAAGGAAUACCAUGUCUGCGAUCUGUCCACCAAAUCUGUCACUCUCUUUCCCACCAGGGCCCAAAUUUUCCGAGAGGUUAAGAACCUCCCACUGAAGCCUGGAACCAAUGAGGUCACGAUCAUAGGUCUCACACCGACUGUAGACGAGUCUACGAUAAAGGUAGAUGGAACUGGCUCUGCUGUAAUCACUGAUAUUGCGGUGGAUUUGCUUCCCAACCGCGACAUUUUUGAAGAUAUAUACCCGGAUUCGGACGACGACGUGCCGGACGCCGAAUCCGAGGCCGAAGAAGAAAGCGCAGACGGCACGUCCGAGUCGCCGGAGCUCGGUUCUUUGCGUUCUAGGAUACGCCAGCUGCGGAGCGAGGAGCGCAGCGCGAAAGAAGUUGUCGAUAGCGCUGCCAGCCGGCUCAAAAUGCUCGACGCUUAUGGAAUUUCACUUGAUCGCAAGGAAAGCAUCGACAUUGCCGAGAGCAUCGAAACUUACCGGGCUGAACGAGAGAGGAUUUUCCGAGACCACAUGGCCGGAGUGGCUCGUGGCCAGGCCAAUACGGAGCUGUUGAGUGCUUCUCUGAAGGAGGAAAGCCGGCUUUUCAAACAGCAGAAAAAAGGGGCUGCCGAAGCCGCCAAGGAGAGAGGAAAGGCCCUGAAAGAUAAGGCCAGAAGGAAGCAUAAGAAUGCAAAGAGGAGAGAAGAACGGCAGAGGGAGAAGCAGCGUGUUCGAAAGGAACGCGAGAGCUUCUGGCCGAAGCUGUGUUACUCCGUUCGGGUAACCCUCGAAGCGGCCGUCCUUACUCCCGUGUCCUCUCGCCGGACGUCGAUUUCCAGCGACACUGUCCAGGCUUCCGCCGCAACAUCGGGCAAGGAAACCGAGGUAGCGGACCUGAAGUGCGACCUGACCCUGUCGUAUGUCACAUCUUCUGCAUCCUGGACCCCGAGCUACGAUCUCCAGCUCUUCACGACGAACAACACCGGCACACUCUGCUACGACGCCCGCAUCACGAACGAGACUUCCGAGACGUGGAGCAACUGCAAGGUCGUCCUCUCGACAUCCCAGGCCAUGUUCUCUGGGCUCGAGAACAGCAUUCCGACGCUGAAGCCUUGGAGCAUCAAGCUGGCUCCCAAAGACGUCGGCGCCGGAGAGAAUGGCAUUCUCGACAGCCUCGAUGAGCGCCAGCAACGGAGGGACUGGUGGAAUGUCCAGAAGAGGACGACACACGCCUCGAAGCCUCGCCAUCACCUGUUCGGAGUCGAAAACUCGGGCUCUUCCGCUUCGCCAGAGGCCCUCCGCUCGUAUCAGGAGGGUCUGAUGGUUCUUGAACAGCAGAACAAGGGCCGGCUCCUCCUACAAAGGGCUCCACAGCAUGGUUUGCAAAACCAAAUGCAGCUGCAGCAGCAACAGCAGCAACAGAUGCAGAUUCAUCCGACCCAAUUAGCACAAAUGGCGGCGGCAAGACGGGCAUCGGCUACUACCAAGGGCUUCGAGGAACACGAGGGAGACUCGCUGGACCUGUCGGCGUGGCUGAGCCAGGACGAGAACGUCGACUUCCAGGAGUCGACGGUGGAAGAGACGGGUUUCACCACAACCUACGACCUCCCGGGCACCAAGACCCUGCCUCCCCGUCCAACCCCGUCCAAGCAGCGCGUCGCGCGGGUGGGUUUCUCAAACGUCCAGUUCAGCCACACCGUCGUCGCCAAGUACAAGCCGGUCGCCUACCUCAAGGCCAAGAUCCGCAACAACAGCCGGCUCACGCUGCUCCGAGGCGAGACCGGCCUCACGCUCGACGGCACCUUCCUGGGCCGCGCACGGCUGCCCCGCUGCAGCGACGGCGAUAUGUUCAUGCUCGGCCUGGGCGUCGACCCGGCGAUCAAGGUCAACUAUCCCAAGGUCGACGUCCGGCGGGCCACUACCGGGCUCUUCUCCAAGGAGGACAGCUCCGUAUACACGCGCAGCAUCGUCGUCGCCAACACGCGCGCCGCCGCCGGCAAGCCCGUGUCGCUGCUCGUCCUCGACCAGGUGCCCGUGUCCGAGGACGAGCGGCUCAAGGUCGACGUGCUUGUGCCCAAGGGGCUCGUGGUCAACGGCUCCAGCGUGCCCGCCGGGCUCCCGGCCCGUGAGGGCAAAGACGACGUCAACUGGGGCACGGCGACGGCUUCGCUGAAGAAAGCGGGACAGAUCGAUUGGCAGGUGACGCUCAACGCGGGUAAGGCGGUGAGGCUUGGAUUGGAAUAUGUUGUUGCUCUGCCAUCGGGGAACUCUGCUGUCGAGUGUUGA